AUGUCGAGCGUCAAGCCUCUCGUCCUAUUGACCGGGCCCAAUGGGUUCGUUGGAGCCCAUGUCCUCUCCACACUCAUCGCCCACAACUACCGCGUCCGAGGCACCCUGCGCUCCCUUUCCAAAUCCACUUUUGUCGCCGACAAAUACCCCGAAGCCACCAAAUCUGGAGACCUCACAUUUGUUGAAGUACCAGACAUCCAAGCUCCCGGGGCGCUGGAUCAGGCUGUCGAAGGAGUGGACUAUAUCUGUCACGUUGCCAGCCCGUAUUUCAUAUCUUCCACAGACCCGAUCAAAGAGCUGGUGGAGCCAGCCGUGAAUGGAACACGGAAUGUGGUGUCUUCGGCAUUGAAGUCGAAGACGUUGAAGAGAAUGACCAUCAUGAGCUCUUUUGCCAGCGUGGUGGAUCUCUCCAAGAACCCUCGGCCGGGAUACAAGUAUACCUCGGACGAUUGGGAUCCGGUCACCAUGGAAGAAGCGGCCAAGGACGGAUAUUACGGAUAUCACGCCUCCAAGACAUUUGCUGAACGCGCGGCAUGGGACAUGUGGCGAAGCGCAAAGGAGAAGGGCGAGAUCAGCUGGGAUCUGGUUACCUUCUGUCCGCCGAUGGUCUACGGACCCCCAAUCCAGGAGGUGGCCGUCGCGAAAGGAGUCGAUGGGUUGAACACGAGCAUCAAGAGACUCAUCACGUCGGUCCAGGGUAAGGACCCAAACUUUGCGCCUAAAGUUGCGACCCCGGGGUUGCCUGCGUGGGUUGAUGUGAGAGAUGUGGCAGAAGCGCACCUGAAGAGUUUGCAGUUGGAGAAGGGUGUAAGCGAGAGGUUUCUGCUCUGCGGCGGAGUCGAUUACUUUGAGGACGGGCUCGCUGGACUAAGGGCGAAAGGAGAGAAAGGGCUGGGAGAAGAAGGGGCGCAUUGUGAUCCGAACAAGCAUUUUGGCAUCGACAGGAGCAAAGCGGAGGACGUGCUGAAACUGGAGUUUACCCCAUUCCAGAAGACAGUCGAGGACACGUGGGAGGCUGUGAAGAAGGUUGGCUUACUUUGA